GGAAUCGGAGGAGAGAGAGAGAGGAAGAAGAAGAAGAAGGCGAUGGAAUUAAAUUAUUAGCAUUUCGUUGCCAUUAUCAUCUAAUAGGAAGGAAUAUCACUGCUGUUCGAACACCCAAAUUACAUACAAAAAAAAGUCAAAACCUUACACCUCAACAACUCCAUUGAUUCAUUCUGAACUAUCAGAUCUAAUCACCCAUCAUCAUCUUCUUCUUCUUCUUCUCACUUUUCUUUCCAUGUCCUGCGAAAGCUAGCUAAUCUUCAGUCAGUCAAUGGGUCCUCAUUCAUGGAUCCUUCCCAAUUUGGCUGCCGUUCUUCCUCUGUUUUGCCUAAUCAUCGUCUCUACACCCGGCCAAGCAACUGUUGUUCAACAACCUCCAUGGAGGAUUCAUACCCUAUUCUCCGUAGAAUGUCAGAAUUACUUCGACUGGCAGACCGUAGGACUCAUGCACAGCUACAGAAAGUCCCGACACCCAGGACCCAUUACCCGACUUCUCAGCUGCACAGACGAGGAGAAGAUGAACUACAAAGGUAUGGACUUGGCACCCACUUUUGAGGUCCCAUCCAUGAGCAGGCACCCCAAAACCGGCGACUGGUAUCCUGCAAUUAAUAAACCAGCUGGAGUUGUACACUGGCUUAAACAUAGUAAAGAAGCAGAAAAUGUUGAUUGGGUUCUGAUACUUGAUGCUGAUAUGAUCAUCCGAGGCCCUAUAAUCCCAUGGGAAUUGGGUGCAGAGAAAGGGAGGCCUCUUGCAGCUUAUUAUGGGUACUUGGUAGGGUGUGAUAAUAUUCUUGCGGAACUGCACACGAAGAACCCAAAGCUUUGUGACAAAGUUGGUGGACUUUUAGCCAUGCAUAUAGAUGAUCUAAGAGCUUUAGCACCAAUGUGGCUUUCUAAAACGGAAGAAGUAAGAGCAGACAGAGAUCAUUGGGGAACCAACAUAACUGGUGAUAUUUAUGGUAAAGGGUGGAUCAGUGAAAUGUAUGGAUAUUCAUUUGGUGCUGCAGAGGUAGGACUUCGACAUAAGAUCAACGAUAAUUUGAUGAUUUACCCUGGUUACAUUCCACGCCAAGGCAUUGAGCCUCUUCUUAUGCAUUAUGGUCUACCAUUUAGUGUCGGGAAUUGGUCAUUCAGCAAACUAUAUCAUCACGAAGAUAAUAUUGUUUAUGACUGUAAUCGGCUAUUCCCCGAGCCACCUUAUCCUAGAGAGAUAAAAGCAAUGGAACUUGAUUCAAAUAAGAGGAGAGGCUUAUACCUGAAUAUAGAAUGUAUGAAUACACUGAAUGAAGGUCUUCUUAUCCAUCAUGCAGCACAUGGUUGCGAAAAGCCAAAGUGGUCAAAGUACUUGAGUUUUAUUAAGAGUAAAACUUUUGCUCAAUUAUCGGGACCAAAAGUUGCAACUGCUGAUACCCUUAGAAACAUGAAUGAUCCGGUGGUCAAAAAAGUUAAGGAAGCUGUUGUGGAUGAAGAAUCUGAGAAGACACAUCCUAAAAUACACACCAUUUUCUCCACCGAGUGCACUACUUACUUCGACUGGCAAACUGUAGGACUUGUUCACAGUUUCCAUCUAAGUGGACAGCCUGGAAAUAUCACAAGGCUUCUCAGCUGUACAGAUGAGGACUUGAAGAAUUACAAAGGUCAUGAUCUGGCUCCCACCCAUUAUGUUCCAUCCAUGAGCCGACAUCCUUUAACAGGCGACUGGUACCCUGCAAUUAACAAGCCUGCUGCUGUUCUACAUUGGCUUAAUCAUGUGAAAAUUGAUGCUGAAUAUAUAGUAAUUUUGGAUGCUGAUAUGAUCAUGCGAGGAACAAUCACGCCAUGGGAGUUCAAGGCAUCACGUGGCCACCCAGUUUCAACCCCUUACGAUUAUCUUAUUGGGUGUGACAAUGAGCUUGCAAGACUCCACACACGGAAUCCUCAAGCUUGUGACAAAGUGGGUGGCGUAAUCAUAAUGCACAUAGACGAUCUUAGGAAGUUUGCGAUGAUGUGGCUGCACAAAACUGAGGAAGUCAGAGCUGAUACAGCUCAUUAUGGCAAGAACAUUACUGGAGAUAUAUAUGAAUCUGGUUGGAUCAGUGAGAUGUAUGGUUACUCCUUUGGUGCAGCAGAGUUAAAUUUGCGGCAUAGCAUAAACAACGAGAUAAUGAUAUACCCGGGUUAUGUUCCAGAACCUGGUGUGGAGUAUAGAGUUUUUCACUAUGGUUUGGAUUUCAAUGUCGGAAACUGGAGCUUUGAUAAGGCAAAAUGGAGGAAUAUUGAUUUGGUAAACAAAUGCUGGUCAAAAUUCCCUGACCCUCCUGAUCCAAUGACCAUACAGAAUGCAGAUGAGAGCAGUCGGCAAAGAGACUUGCUUAGCAUAGAGUGUGGAACAACACUGAACGAAGGUCUGCGUUUGCACCAUGUGAGAAGGAAAUGUAUGGACAUCAACUCACAGGGAAAAAAUAACCAAUCUAGGAUAGGGAGAAAAUUUGGAAAGUUGAGGAACAAGAUUAGAUCCUCAACUAAUCUGAGAAGAAAGGACUCUGAGGAGGAUUCUUCAGUAACAAAUCAGAAUCAAACGUUUAGCUCUUUUAGGUUUUGGAUUGUAUGCCUUUGGGUUUUCUCCAUCAUGGGUUUCUUUGCUGUCAUGUGGGUGAUGAUUUCAGGGCGUAAAGCUCAAAAGAAGAGAGGUAAAAGUUUGAAGAGCAAGAGAAGAACGUCCUAUUCAGGAUUCUUGACUGCAAAUGGUCACGAAAGACACCCUCGAGAUGCUGAAUUAUAGUUGGCCCAAGAGAGUUUUAAAUAUUAUUGAUCAGGUUUGAGAUUGGAAUACCCUUUAUCACAAUUUGAGAGAUGUAUAUUGUUGUUGCAAAAGAGAAAAGACAGACUAAAUUUUAAUUUGGACACCAUUGAAACACACAGUUAUAAACUUAUUUCUGUCUUAUGUAUCAUUACAUUCAAACACACAGCUAAGGCAAUGAAACAUUGUUGUUAUGAUCUAUUUAUUUACAAUUUGUAUUAUUUUA